AUGGGCUCCACUGUUUCAGUCAGCGCACCCUCCAGGUCGACGGUGGCCAAGACCGUCCCGUCGUCCCCAGUCGGCCGCAACGACUGGCUCGCCGCUAAGAACAUGUUCAAGCGUGUGGCAGCCAUCAACGGCGGUGUAGACGACAAGGCGUGGAAGGACGUGCUGAUGGGCGAGAUCGGGAUUGGUGAUAGCUCUGCAGUCGCUGCUCUGUUUCCGGCCUUUGACGACGAGGUUGACGGCUGGCUCGGCUUUGUCGACAUUGCCAUGUACAUUGCCCUCGUUGCCCGCGAGCCGCUGGGCAAGAAGAUUGAGUACGCCUACCGCGCCUUUGACCGCGAUGGCUCCGGCCACCUCGAUCCGGAUGAGUUUGCCGACAUGGCACUGGCGGUGAUGCGGACGUACAAGCGUGUCUGCCUCGCCCUACCGGGCUCGGACACCACCAUCGCGCCGGGCGACGCCGUCCUCACCGCCAAGGAGCACAAAAAGGUUGUUGCUCUUGCUCACAAGGUGUACAAGGCGUGCUCGCCUGCACGCAAGAACGAGCUCAUGUACAAGGAGGUUAUCGCCAAAAUCGACGGCCGGCGCUCGGGUGCGGUCAAGGAUGCUGGCAAGCUCCUCGACUUUUUCACCCUCAUCACCGACGCGCUCCCGGCAUCCACCGUCGGCGCGGGAUCGUCGAUCGGUGGCAAGGGCAAGGGCAAGGGCAAGGGCAAGGGCAAGGGGGAUGGAAAGGCGAGCAAGAAGGGAAAGAGCAAAGGCAAGGGUAAGGCCAGCAAGAAGGUCAAGGGCAAGGACAAGGGCAAGGACAAGGGCAAGAGCAAGGACAAGGGCAAAGACAAGGGCAAGAGCAAGUCCAAGGGCAAGGGCAAGAGCCAGUCCAAGGCCAAGACCAAGGCCAAGUCGAAGAGCAAGAGCAAGUCCAAGGGCAAGGGCAAGUAA